UGAUGGGCCCAGUUUAUGAGAACUUCAAGGGAUGCCACAGUAAAUGAAGCCAAUACAAUAUGUUCAGCGUAGAGGAUCUCCUGAUCUCUCAUGGAUACAAAUUAUCUAAAAAUCCUACCAAUUUGUAUGAGGACAGAAGCGAUGGAUUCCAGCACGAAGUUGCAGACAAGAGGUCCCGUCACGGAACUCUGAAUGGAUUUUUAACCAGCUCUGGAGCCAAUGCAACCAGCAAGAAGAUAGCUACCAAAAACUACCUGAACAAUAACGAAAACAGUCAUGUCAUCAAAGGGAAGCAUCCAGGACCCAGUUAUCCCAACAUUUUGCCACCUUUAGCCAGCAUGCAUGUAUCAGAAGUGGAGCUUUAUGACCGACCACAGUUAGGCUGGUCUUCACGCCCCAAGACGGACAAAGAUCUUGCCUACUGGAGAAGAAGAGGCCAAGAUUUUAGUGUGUUGUUGGGUUAUACUGAUAAGGGGGAGUCCCAGAUGAAAGGAAUGGCUGCACCUUGUGCCUUGUAUGGACGUGAUAAAGAAAGUCAGUGGGAGAUGGGAGGUGGGGUGGAAAACAUCAGGAGAACUGGGAUGCCAGAGAACUCGAAGCCCUCUGGUGACUACAGGUGGCAAAGUUUAAGGACAGAUCGUUGGAACCAACCAACCAAGUUUGGAGAACUCAUGUCUGAUGGUGAUAUAAAGAGGCGACCUCACAAUACCUAUUCAGUGCGGCAAGGUGAUACUACAGCUACUUCUCACACCAAGGGGAAGUCUCAGUCGUUGCCAAGAGUUCUUUCACCAGAGAGCCUCAAAUGUGUUGACAUGCCCUCCCUAGUUACUCAUAAACACUCACUCAGUGCAACUAAAACAGUAUCUUGCCCUCCAUCUGGAUUAAGCUUGGAAACCUCCCAACACUCUGACCCGGGAUUCCCCUUCCUUCCUUUGCCCAAGCCUAAAUACGGCAGACCACUGAAGCCUCCUUCCUAUGAACUUCACCAACAAAACAGGGGAGCCCUGGAAACCAACACGCUUCAAGAUGAUCUGCGAAAAGAUGGAACGGCCUUCUCUUUGACCAAAGUUAAUGAUCAGAUGCAGGAGGCUUGCAUCCAAGACUCUAGCCUGGAGCCCCCUUUGUACGUCCCUCCUCCAUGUUAUAAAUCUCCAGCUCAGCAAACUAUAAAUCAACAUUUGCCCGGUGAAGUGCCUGACUAUGGUAUGUGCUUUAAUAACGGUAUGCAGAGUCCAAUAGAGAGGACUGUUGGUAGUCACCAGCCUCCUGAGGAUACAUUUAAGACUGCACGUGAACACUGUAAAGAUAAACAAAUUCCUCGUGAUAAGAAAUGCCACUCUCAGCAUGUGGAGGGCCACCUGUCUUCUGUCCUGUAUAUUCCCUUUGAUGACCCUCGGAUCCGGCAUAUUAAAAUCGCACAUCCAGAUGGUCUUCAGAACAAUGAGAGAGUGUCUGGGGAUGCCAACAGUUCACGUUCCUAUGCCUUUCAAGGUUGUCCUCUGGAACUAGAGUAUGACAGUGCCUUUUCAGACACGACAGACUCACUAAAUCCUUCUGUGAGAUGCAGCCAGGACACUGGCAGCUCUGCACUGGGCAGCAGAUGGUUAGCAGAGUCUAAUGUAGAUCAGGACGGUUGUGCCUUGUCUAUCCAAAGAGAGGGUCAUGACGCAAGUCAAGACUUGAAUCGCAAAUGCUCUAAAGGCAGAGGGUCUGCACACAGCCCUCCUGCAGAACCCCCCUAUGAGACUGUGACUAAAGUAAAAACAUUUGAACCUGGAUCUGAGAUGCACAGCAGGAGGAGUUCAAAGAAAAAAAGGAACGAAACAAUAUUUUGCUUGGUAUCCAUCCCAGUUAAAUCUGAUCUGAACCUGCCAGAUACGGACGGGAACAACAACUUAACGCAAGGGGCUGUGGAAAAGAAUGGGUUUGAUAACAGCGGGGUUCUGCAGGAACAAAGUCUCCUAAGUACCUCUUCUACAGACUUGGAACUCCAAGCCCUUACAGGAAGCAUGACCAACAAGAAUGAGUUGCACAAACAAGAGUUGUGGAAGCCAGAGUUCAAACGAAUGAAUGAUCUCAGAUUCUUGCAGCCUGCAGAGCACAAGGAACACCCAUACUCUGGCUCAUGGCCAGGUGAACAGUACAAGGACCAACAAACACAGACCAGCUUCGUGGAGGAACCCAAGACCCCGAAGCUUCUCCAUAGCUUAGAACCAAGGGGAUCAAAUACACAGUCAACAUUCCAGUUACCAAGAUAUGGGACUUCCACCACAGAGCCAGUACUGACAGUGUUGCCUGCUAGUAACAGAAAAUGUGGGCAGGUCGCCUCCACUGUGAAAGAUCAGGGAUGUCUUGAUAGAUCGAGCACUGCUGUGUGUUCUGAGGUUGGGACUUCUAGUCCAAAAGCAUGCCAGAAUCUGCCUUGUGCUUCAUGCACAACUCUUCCUGGGCAGGAACAGGAAACGGGUUCUCCCCUGAGGGAGGAAAUAAGUGCCCCUUGCAGAAGUAAGGAACUAUUCGGGCAGUUCCUCUUAAAACCUGUAAAUCGCCGUCCUUGGGAUAUAAUAAGUGAGCUAGAAAGUUUUAACAAAGAGCUUCAAGAACAUGAAGAAAGCAGUGAUGAUAGUGUGGAGAGUGACAGCAAGUGGGAUAGAGCAGAGGAGGAGACAGCAGGAAGAAAAGAGAGAGGGACUUUUAGCAAUGAUGAACCAAGCCAUGACCAUAGACCUGGUAUGCAGUCAGAGGCAGUGAUGCCAGUUGCUCCUGUAUUUAAACAAGAAAAGGGUAAAAGCCUGCCUGGAAGUUUAAAUGCAUCUGCAAAUUCAAGCUCCAGAUCCAUACCUAGUGGCCUGCAUGGAAGUGCUGGAUCACAAAGCUAUUUCCCAAUCAAAAAGAAAGAUGAAGUUGUUAGAACAGCAAACGGGUGCCUUGUUGCAGAACCAAGAAAACAGGAGGUUGGGGGAAGGAUAAUAAGGCAGACGCUUAGUCCACACCCAAGCAAAAGAAUUUUGUCUGAUAGCUACGAUGAUGAUAAGGAUCACUCCAAUCCAUUCAACAGCAUUGAUUUCAGGGAAGAAAGCCAUUUGCAAAACUACAGGGACAAUUUAGUUGACGUAGAGAAGGUGAAGAAAAAUGCAAUGCCCAGGAAUAAUAUACCUCUGGAAAGAGGGUCCGCAGUACGAUUGUCUUUAACUAAUAGGAAUCAAGGUCUCUCUGAGCCAGACUUGAGAUCUGUGGGGCUUGAUGAUACUCAGGGUCCUGAACUGGAUUGUUAUGGAAACCCUCUUGCUUCUGCGAUUCCACCCAACGAAUCGCUCCAGGCAAGAGCAGCCAGGAUCUUGGGUAUAGAUGUACCCGUGGAGUCUCUUGUGCCCAAAAGUAAAGUGCCUCGGGGAGACCAUUCACGUUCUGAGAACACUCUCCAGAGCUCUGAAUUGUCAACUGAAAAGGAGGCCGUGGAAGCAAAAGCAGCAUCUUAUGAAGGAAGGCGAAAGUGUGGCUGGACAGAAAGCUCUUUCUUUGUUGGAGAUAGAAACACCUCAGUAGGAUCUGUGGAAGACUCAAGCUCUGCUCAAGAAAAUUUAAUAGCCGAACAGCAUUUUGAAUACCAUCAAGGUCUUGAUAGACAAGGAAAAGACCAGACAUCCCCUCUUGAGUCCAUGGUGCUUCCAUUUGCCGAAAGAAACAUGGUUCCAUCCAGUUCAGAAAAAAGAGCCAGAAGCACCUCAAAGGUGAUCGAGACCUUGCAAGGCAAGCUGGCAGCUCCUCCUAACCGCGCCGCCAUGGAUCGCCUGGUGAGGAUGAAAGAAGUUCACUCCGUUUCUCGCAUGAGGAGGCUAAGCAUCAAAAACACAGAUUCGGGUGAGGAUGGAGAUGAAGAGAAACAGUCCAAAGGGCCAGAAGAAAAAGGAGCUGAGUCCUCUUCAGGGCGUAGUGAACUGCCCCGUAGACUUUCUCAUGGGAGUUCAGUUUCCAAGCGCAUCAUCUCACUGGCUGAAAAUGGACUCUCGGACAACAGAAACGAAAAGAAAACUGGAAAAGAUGUAUUUUGCUCAGAUGCAUACGAUCCCACCAGAGUUGAAAGGGUAUGAUACAAAAACGAUGCAAAUCUCCAGAGAUGUCUACCUUUCUUGCUGGUUUCCAACACAGGGAGAUGCUUUAAAGCCUCCAUGUGUUGAGUGUCUCGACAAAGCCUUCAUCUUUGCCAGUGAGGGGAUAUAAGUCCUUCAUAUUCCGCUGCAUUGUUAUGGAGCCUGCAUGAAAGAUGAAAGAGAAAGGAGAAGUCUCUUGUUUUGGAACUCUCUCUGUCUUUUUGGUUUGUGGGACUUUUCUUGUGCAUUAAGACUUAAUCCUGCUACUUGGCAUCAACUGGUCAUUUUUGAACUGCGCUGAGCAGCGUUCAGCUAGGGUGGUAAACAGGAUGGAGCUGGGAGGGGGGGUCUGGGAAGGCUGGCUUGUGCCUCUGUGUAGAAUGUAAACAAGGGAGAUUAGCGAAAUGAUUUUUUGAAAGACUGUCAGCUUCUCAGCGGAAUAUCUGAGCCUCUGGACGCUCAGCUUUGUCCAUUAAGCAGGAAGCAAAAGGGCCGUUCUGCCUUCCCCUUUAAAUUCAAGGAAAUGCAAGCCAAUGGGAUCGAAGGCUGAUUGAGUGACAGUGAAAUCAGCUUGGACUUUGAACAUCUUAGGGGCCUUUGGUUUCACGUUUUGUACUUGCUUUGUGCAGAGGAAAACAGAUGCUCCACAAAACCAUUAAAACACAGCCGGGGGGGUUGUCCUGCAAACAGUUACAGCCUAUUCAGCCACUACUGUAUUACUAACACGCUGUUUCAAAGCAACAUCAUUACCACCCUAGCUGCUGUUUUGUACCGACCUUUACCUGUUUAAUUCUAUUUUUCUAGCCUUUUUCAUCCCUUGUCUUAGAUUGGACUAGAAAUUCAUUAUGCGAUAGAACUGUUUGUUUCAUACAGUGGAUCCGCUGAACAAAGCAACUUUUAAAUGGAAGGUGAUAUAUUUUUCUAUGGUAUAGGCAAUUUGCUCAAUGUUGAGGAGUUGUAUCUUCUUUUUUUAAGCAGGUAGUAUUUUUACAGAAUGGCUUUUGUUCUUGUAAGCUGUGCACAUUUCCAUUUUAUUCUCCAGUCCACAAAUGGCAACCUGUUCUGUCUAUUGUAAAAAAAGAAAGAAAGGAAAGGGAUGUGUUUAUGUGCAUAUGUAGAUAUGUAGAUAAAUAUAUAUCUCGUAUAAAACAAAUACAUGCAUAUUUAAGCUUAGCUUCUGGAUGUCUUAUCAGCUGGAUCGUUGCCCUUCAUUGAGAACACAGCUGAAAAAGGCUAGAGAUGGUUUCUUGCUUUUUAACAAUCCAUUGGUAUUUAUUUACCAAAAAAGUCCACACUGAUAGGAAAGAAUUUGUGGUGGUGAUGCUAAAGACUCCAAGAAUUACAAUGCUAUCAACAGAAUAUGACUCACACAGCCUGUUGCCUCUUCCUUAGGUCUUGAGAGAAUCCUGUUUCAUCCCUAUCUAAUAAUAAGGAAUAGUGUGAUGUACAUCUCUGCACCUGCAUUCAAAGUACCUACAGCCCACAAUAAGCCAUAUAAAUGGUACAGACCAGCCCAGAAAGAUUCAUUUUCCUUUGGUAGGCAUUGCAAAGGGGCUCAGGGAAUACCAAUUCAUGAGUCCAGGAUCAGACCCUAGUAUAAUUGCCAUAACAAAAGUGGAUCCACUUGAGCUGAGGUUCUUCCACCAAAUCUUUUAAGCACCCAACUUGACAGAGUAGCUCAUAGGAUUAGGCUGUAACUCUCUGUUCAUAGAUAUAUAUGACUAUGCAUAGAACUAUUUUUGUCACCUUUUGGAAAACAAGAGAACCUUGUAUAUUAUUCUAGGAUUAACCCGUGCAACACUUAUUUAUAUAAUUUUUUUUAUUGAAAUCACAACAACUUUGGUGUCUUCCUGUGUUUACCUCUGCUGGCAUACUUCUGAAUAUGUAUUCCUGUCUUGUAUUCACCUUUUUGUGGUCUUAAAGCCAUACUAUCAGUUAAGCAUUCAAAUUUAAGAUGAUUUUGUUAUGUUAUCCUGUAAUUUGACCAAAUAUAUAACUAACUCACCUGUUGUGCUUUAGCAACCACAUUUGUUUAUCUGUAACAUGUGAUUCUAUUACAUAGAAUCAUUAAAUAUUUAAAGUUUGAUAUAUAUUAAACAA